AUGGGUUCCUCAAGAUCAUUGUUUUUCUUCAUUACUCUUGCUAUUAUUAUCUUAAACCUUGUUGCCCCCGCCAUAUCCCAAUACGAUGGUAUGUGCACAGAAAGAACUGAUUACUGCUGGAAAUGCUCUGAUACUGGCAUCUACACACCAGGUGACAAGUACCAUGAGAACCUCAACAGCCUCCUCUCCUCCUUCUCCUCCUCCAACACCCAAAACAAUUAUGGGUUUUACAAUUCAUCAUUGGGGCAAGACCAAAACCAAGUCAAUGCAAUCGCAUUAUGCAGGGGAGAUAUCUCAGAGGACUCUUGUCAUGCUUGUCUCAACAAGUCUGCUGAUGUUCUCUUGCAAAAUUGUACACGUCAUCAAAAGGAAGCAAUCGUAUGGGCUGAGCCUUGUAUGGCGAGAUACUCAAACAACUUGAUAUUUGGUAUUGAACAAGUGGACCCUGUUCAGCAUGUGCCUAGCGAAAAAUAUGCCAGAAAUGACCUGGUGCUUACCUCCUUGUUGGCUAUUUUAAGUGACAGAGCUGCGUCAGGGGAUUCUCUUAAAAAAUUUGCAGCAGGCCAUGCAACUGUCUCUGGAGGUGAAAAAAUAUACGCACUUGUUCAGUGCACUCCAGACCUAGACAAGCAAAAUUGCAGCAAUUGCCUUAAACAGUCCGUCUCAGAAAUUCAAACCUGUUGCGGUGGAAAAGGAGGAAGAGUUCUUAGACCCAGCUGUAAUUUAAGGUAUGAGGCUGGUCUGUUCUUUGAGUCUACAGCCAAUUCGUUAGUAGAUAUUCCAGCUCCAGUUCCGCCAGCACCAGCACCCGAAGAAGGUACAGCACCACCACCGCCCGAAGAAGGUACAACACCAGCACCCGAAGAAGGUACAGCACCACCACCACCCGAAGAAGAUACAGCACCAGCACCCGAAGAAGCAAAAAAGAAGAGUAACACAAAACAAACAGUCAUCAUCAUCGCUGUGGUUUUGGUUGUUUUUGUCACUAUUUUCAGCAGCAUAUGCUUUUUCUACAGAGUUAGGAAACGAAGGGUAAAACUUGAACAAGAUGAGAAUUCUGAAGAAGUUAGUCUGGGGGAUUCGUUGCAAUACGAUUUUGAAACUAUAAGAUCUGCAACAGAUGACUUCUCUGAUGCAAAUAUGCUUGGACGAGGUGGGUUUGGAGCUGUUUACAAGGGCAGGCUAUUAAAUGGGCAGCCUAUAGCAGUGAAAAGGCUCUCCAAAAAUUCUGGACAAGGUGAUCGUGAAUUUAAGAAUGAGGUCAUGUUAGUUGCUCAGCUUCAACACCGGAAUUUAGUGAGGCUCCUAGGAUUUUGCUUGAAAGCAGAGGAAAGACUCCUCAUUUACGAAUAUGUGCCUAACACAAGUCUUGAUCACUUCAUUUUUGACCCAAACAAUCACGAGCAUUUGGAUUGGGAAACAUGUUACAAGAUCAUAGGAGGCAUUGCUCGAGGGAUUCUUUACCUCCAUGAAGAUUCUCGGCUUCGAAUUAUUCAUCACGAUCUCAAAGCCAGCAACAUUUUGUUAGAUAAAUAUAUGAACCCCAAAAUUGCUGAUUUUGGAAUGGCAAGAUUGUUUGUUAUUGAUCAAACUCAAGGGCAUACAAGGACAGUAAGGGGAACCUAG